CUCUGUGCGCUUAGAAUUGUGGGUAAACAUGUCUGCGCCCUGUGUCCAUCCCGAGGACCACCUUACCAAUGCGAUAACUGAGUUAUUCAAUUUGUAAGCAAGAGCCUCUAACAACAGCGGGCGGUUUCGUGUAAACAUUCAUUCUGAAGAUGUCGGAGAAUACCCAGAAGGACGGCGUCUCUGGAAAUGGGCUCUCAAGAGCUGCGAUUGCUGAAAUGCUGGCGAGUAAUUUCGAGAGACUGCCUGACAUUGAUCAGAAAAUCUUCAUCUACGGACCCAUGUAUCUGGGGGGAAAUGGUGGCCUUGCAGGAUUGAUCUCCAACAGCUUGUACCGCAGAGCUCUGAAUGUCACACAGGCGCCCAUCGCUUCCAGCCUGCCGAUGGCCGUGCUGCCCUUCCUCACAACAUUUGCCCUGUACAACGCAGCAGUGUCCGGCCCCCUCCUGUCCGGCGACCUCAACUGUCCCACCUGUGCCCUGAUGCGAGGUGCACUUGUUGGUGUGGUCGGUGGGGGGGUGUACCCCAUCCUCCUGGCCUUACCUGUGAAUGUUGGGCUUGCAACCAGGUACAGCACAGCACCGAUGCCAGAGAAGGGCAAUCUGCUCCGGUACUGGGCGGACCUCUCCAGACCGAUCCUGAGGAGAAUGAGGGCUGUGCUGGUUCUUCAGGUUUUCUUCGGCACUUACCUGAGCUCCAGGCACUUUGAAACGUACACCAAACUUGCUCAGAUAACAUUUGGCUCAGCUGGAGAGGAACUCAAAGACUAAAAUGCACUCCCCCUUAAAAUAAACAUGUUGUUUUCAUUGAUAAGCGUGCGUUGUAUGCUUCACCACAUUCACCAUCUCAUGUGGAAUAUGCCUGAGAUUUCCAGCCCACAAAUAAAAUUAGGCGUGGGCUACCUUUCUAAAAUUGCUGGUAUGUCAAAAUUAACAUUAAAUGGUUUGCAUAAAUUCACAGCUAUUUUGGGCACAUGGUUAGAAAAUCAGUUUCAUGCGUUAAACUGUUACCAACAUUUUACAUCAUCUUAAUGUUCUUUAAAAUUAGAAAAAUAAUCGGCAAUAAUUGAGAUAAUCUGUUAAUUGUUAAUCCUUUUAUAAAGCAUCAUGACAAACAUUAUAGUUCCAGUCUCUCAAAUGUGCAGAUGUAGGCUAUUGCUUUUCUGUUUUAUAACCUUUUUAAUUCAAUAUCUUUGGAUUUUGGACUGUUGGUUGAUCAAAACAAGCAAUUUAAAAGAGUAAUUGUGAUUUGCAGCUUCCACUAUUUUGCAACAUGUUUCAGACAAAACAAUUAACUGAUCAAUAAUACAUACAGUACCAGUCCAAAGUUUGGACACGCUUUCCCACUCAAUGAAUGAGAAUGUGUCCAAACCUUUGCCUGGUACUGAUCUAGUGAAGAAAGCCCUUUGAAGAUAGUGUUUAAAAUGGGGCUGCAAUUGACUGUUGAUUGCCUAAUUCAUUUGUCUUUUGUCACUCAGUUUUGACUUAUGUCUGAAUUGCAGAAAUCUUGCAAUGCAUGGCCUUUCAUGGAUUUCUGUUCCUCAUCAAACAUUUAGAAAAUGUCUACAUGCAAAUGACAAAGUGGUUUUUCCAUCAAUAAAAUGUCAGGGCUCGUUCAUUACUUAGAAAA